CGUCUCGAACGGAGGUCUCGUGGAAGUAAUUUAAGCUUAAAAGACAUGGACAACGGGACAUCAGUGGUGAAAUACCUCCUCUUAACAGUCAACAUCAUUGUGGUGGCUGUCACCAUUUGGGGCAUCGUUCCUUUGCUAAAAAUCCUUACAAACAUCGGAAAUAUUGAAAGUGAAUUCCCCGUCAUAGAGAUUGCGCUGAUCAUAUUGGGAGCGAUUACGGUCUUCACUUCGAUCCUUGGAUGCUGCGGUGCCACAUUCAAUUCUAUCUGGUUUACCAAAAGAUAUGCUGCGAUCAUCCUGAUACACAUGAUCUGGCAGCUGACACUAUUUAUACUAAUCCUCACCAAUAACGAGCACUUUUCGAAACUCUUGGGCACCGCAAUCGAUAGGGCUUGGAAACAUUUGGAUAUAGAUUCCUUCGAAGUCAUCCAGGAAUUGUUUAAAUGCUGCGGAAUGAACUCUUCCACGGACUAUACUGAAAAGAAAGUCUCCAUUCCUGCAAGCUGCUACAAUGGUUCUCCCAUUUCGACAAACUUGUAUAAAGGAUGCCAUGGCAAAUCGAUCGAAUACCUAAUGGAUACCACUAAGGAGUACCAGUUUAUGAUUAUCGGCCUGAUAGAACCACAAAAAAUUAGUGCUUCGGACCACUUCAUCAAAAUCCGUGCCCCCAACCACUACAUCAGAAUCCGUGCCUCCAACCACUACACCAGAAUCCGUGCCUCUACCCACUACAACUGAGUCCGUGCCUGCAAUCACUACAGUUAACUCUGAAAAGGACUCGACGUUCGCAGGACGACCAAUUCAUUUAAAUAUUAACU